CCCUAACAUCUGCCAUUUUACCUUUUCCUUCCAUUCAACUUUGCCCUACAAGUCCCAUGAUGCUCAGAGACGAAGUUCUCUAGUUGCCAUAGUAGCAAAGAUCUAAACAGCCACUUCUUUGCCAACGAAGCCCAAGAACCGGUAACGGAAUAAACGGACCUCGGGUAGAAGCCUCUGUCUGGGCAUCGUGGGGAGGAAGUUUAAACCCUGCGUGCUUGGCGGGAGCUUCGACUUCUGUUCUCUGGGCAGUCGAGGAGUGCUUGGUUCGGGUUGUGGUGCCAUUUCCUUUGGGAAAUAAAGUAUAAUUGAUAGACUUCCCUGCCAUUGGUGGAAUGAUGGCUUCUGAUCAUACAGCCCUUCAUCAUAUUGUCCAAGAGGAAAAAACGUCUCGGCAAUGCAGAAAAAGAGGAAGCUCAAACGAUUCUCCAGGUAGGCUUAGUAAGAGCACCAACAGUCAAGACAUUAGCUGUAGCAAACAUUCCAGCAAGCCUGGAAGUGCUCAGUUUACCUACUCUAAUGACUUUCAUGAUAAUGCUUCAAGAACAGCUGUCAAUGGCAGCAAGAACAGCAUUUGUUCAGAAGAGAACAUCUGUGGAACGUCUCUGAACUACUAUCACGAAGAUUUUCACUCGGAUGCCUCUGAAACCUCCAUAAGUGAAGAGAGUGGCAGCUACAUCAUCCCAUUGCCCGAAACACCAAAAACUAAAGAGCGGAAUUUACCAGAAAAGAAAAAGAAAAAUGAUGUCCAUACAAAAGGAGGUAAAAUGUUGCCUAAAAAGAAACCUCAGCAAAAGAGCUCAUAUAUUACUGACCAUACCAUCAAUGCCCAGGAGAAAAAUAACAUGACUUGCCGUCUCUUGUCAGCAAGAGACCAUCAAAUUAAAGAACUGAAAAACCAAGUGGCUGUUUUGCAGAAUAGAUUGGAGACCUUUAUUACGGAAAAUAAAAUGUUGAAGCAUCUUCAGUCUCAACAGUUAAAAGCAAUUACAAAAUAUGAAAAUGCUGAAAUUAAGCUGCCUGAUCUUUUGGCCACGCAGGCCAAUGAAGUGCAGACUCUGAGAGUACUUCUCAGGAAAUCUCAGGAAGAAGAGCGCAGGGCUUCCCAAAAGCUAAGAAACGUUGAGGCACAACUCUUAAAAACCACGGAUGCCUUGCGGGCACUACAGAAACUUUGUAUAGACAAAAAACUUGAAGAGAGAGAAGAACUUCAGCACAAAUUAAGAUCACUUACCCAAAAACUGGAAGCUAGGGAUAAGAAAACUCAGGAUUUGGAAAAGCAGCUGUCAUUGAAUACUGCUUCUUUUAGACACCAGUUAGCAGUUGAGAAAAAGAAGACUAUUGAAGCUCGGUCGAUGACAGCAAAUUUGCACGUAGAAAUCGAGUCGCUGAAGCUCAAACUUAAGGAAAGAGAAAAAGAACUAAGCAUUACAAAUAUUUAUGCACACCGGAUGCGCAAAGGUCAGCCAGAGAAAGCCGAUUCAUGUUCUUCUCCAAAAGGUCCCUUAAUCAACCCCAAAAUAACAUGCAGCAGAAGACCAAGGAACAGGCAACAGGGUGAAAUAACCAACUCUAUAGAAGAUUCUGUCACCAAUUAUGAGCCCUCAUUUGCCAGAUUUCCAAAGGAAAGACAAAAAGACACUUCUUCAACUCCCAGUGAAGAAAACAGUCACAAGAUACCACCUGGGAAAAAAAGGCUUCGUUUGGAAAAAUUGUUUGGGCCAAACUGCAUUUUAAAUACCAAAUGAUGGCUUGCAUUAUUUGAUUCCAGUCAAGCUCAUAGAACUAAUAGAUAUCAGAUAGUAUUAGGACUAGGACAUAUUAGGUAGUCGAUAUUAGUGUUAGAAGUAGGAUAUAUUUGAUCGUAGAUAUUAGAUCGUUUAGAACUAAGUGAUGUUAGAUAGUUAAUGUUAGCAUUAGAACUAAAUGAUGUUAGAUUAUUAUUAAAAUUAGGCAAUAUUAGAUAGUAGAUAUGAGUUAGUAUUAGAACUAAGCAAUAUUAGAUAGUAGAUAUUAAUAUUAGAACUAGGAUAUAUUAGAUAAUAGAUAUUAGUAUUAGAGCUAGGAUAUAUUAGAUAAUAGAUUUUAGAUAGUAUGAGAACUAAGAGAUAUUAGAUAGUAGAUAUUAGUAUUAGAGCUAGGAUAGAUAAUAGAUUUUAGAUGGUAUGAGAACUAGGAGAUAUUAGUAAUUUCUGUCGUUACUAUUGAAAUAAGCAGCACAUAAAACUCUAUUUUGUGAACUUUCUGAACAUUUUUAUAAACAAUGAACUCUGGUAAUUGACAUAACGACUAGAAGUAUUCAGUGCAGAAACACCUUCUAAACGUGCCCAUAAAAUCUAGGGCCAUGAGAUUCCAAAUAACAAUUAAAGACCCAGAGGAGACUUCACUCGGUAGUAUCCUAAUGGCAUUAACAAUAGUACGGGCAGAGAAUGCAAGCAAUGGAGAAAUAAGGAGAAGGGCAAUGGCAAUUGAACAACCUCAAACUAGGCAAGUACCAUGUAUGAGGUAGCACUGUAUAAGCAGCAGGCCCAAACGUCCAAAAUUAACCAUCCUUCGGAGCUGUUCUGUUUGGUUUUUUUUUAAUGCAGCAGAGAUGUUAAAAGUCCAAUGUCAAUAUGCAUGUCCAAUAAAAAUGAUCAUUAUGUGGGGGGACUUGCGAUACACACAGAAGUAUAGAUCUUCCUGAGUCAAAUAAGAUGCAUCUAGAAAAAAACUCCCAGCCAAAAAGGAUGCCCUCCAUAGGCAGAAAUGUGCCCAAACUUACAAUAAGGUUUGAGGGCAUUUGAAUAAAACAAAAAUUAGCCUUCAA